CGAUUUCAGUGCUCAACCGACAACGUUGCCGUGCUGCCAGCUGCUCGCUGCUUCCAGCGCAGACAAGAAGAGAGUAAGAAAACCCGGCAAAGAUCCAUUACCAGACCAGUUUUCGCUUUCCGCUGUGGUAAUGACGCGCUGAAGUUGUGCUACUCUCGAGUGUGUGUCUGUGUGUGUGUAUCAACAGUGCGUGGUGCGGUAUCUGCGUAUGUGUGCGCGUGUAUCGGUGUUGCCAAAAAUAUACAAAAUUAUUGAGCGGUAGCAAAAUAACAACAAACGCCAACGUUUCUUUUUCAAGCUUUACAAAAUGUCCACCGAAAAACAGGCACGUUGGUACUUUGGCGGCCUAGGAAGUGUAGGCGCGGCAUGUGCCACACAUCCUUUGGACCUGAUCAAGGUCACACUGCAAACACAACAGGGCAACCUGUCGGUUAUGAGACUUGUGCCGCAAAUCAUCAAGGAACAAGGAGUGUUGGCCUUUUACAACGGCCUGUCUGCCUCCAUUCUGCGCCAGAUGACCUAUUCCACAACUAGAUUUGGCGUCUACGAGGUGGGAAAGCAACACAUUAAUACCGACACAUUCGCCGGCAAAAUUGGAUUAGCUGGUCUAUCGGGUCUGAUGGGUGGCAUUGUGGGCACACCCGCCGAUAUGGUCAACGUGCGAAUGCAAAACGAUGUCAAACUACCUCCAGAAAACCGCAGAAACUAUAAGAACGGAAUUGAUGGGCUUAUCAAGGUGUAUCGUCAUGAAGGUUUCCGUAAUCUUUUCUCCGGUGUAACCACAGCUACAACACGCGGUGUUUUUAUGACUAUUGGCCAAAUAGCGUUUUAUGAUCAGAUCAAGACGUAUUUGCUGACCACGCCCCACUUCGAGGACAACCUGAUUACUCACUUUACCGCCUCACUGGCGGCAGGAGCUAUUGCCACAACAUUGACACAGCCCAUGGAUGUGCUGAAAACUCGCUCCAUGAACGCCAAACCUGGGGAAUACAAUGGUCUGUGGGAUGUCAUACGCCAUACAGCGAAACUCGGACCACUUGGCUUCUUCAAGGGUUAUGUUCCUGCAUUUGUGCGGCUUGGACCGCAAACAAUUCUAACGUUUGUGUUCCUGGAGCAGCUGCGAUUGAACUUUGGCUAUGAGAAGACUAAAAAAUCCAGUACGCAAUCCUAACAUUCCAUCUGUGCAUUUGAAGGUGUGAACAAUGCUACAUGAUUUAGUUUAAAUUAAUGCUUAUUAAUAAUGAAAUUGCUUUUAUUGUUGGAAAUAUAUGUUGUACAUUCACAAAUACUUGCGUAUGUAAA